GAAUAUAACAGUGUCAUAAAUCAUGAACGUGUAGGCGCUUUAGCAAAAUAAAUUAUCAUGAUGUUCCCAAACCAGUGACAAAAUGAAGCACCAUGUGUGCAUGGUGUCAGAUUUUUUUUACCCAAAUCAAGGUGGAGUUGAGAGUCAUAUUUACCACCUGUCACAGUGCCUUAUAAACAGAGGUCACAAGGUCAUCAUUGUAACACAUUUCUAUGGUAGCCGCAAAGGUAUACGAUACCUUGACAAUGGACUUAAGGUGUAUUAUCUACCAUUUCCAACAAUGUACAAUCAGUGUGUAUUACCCACAAUACUAGCCACAUUCCCGCUACUCAGGAAUAUAUUUAUACGAGAAAAUAUCACCAUUGUUCAUGGACAUUCUGCAUUCUCCACAAUGGCUCACGAGGCAAUGUUUCAUGCCCGCAACAUGGGGUUAAAGACAGUAUUUACAGACCACUCAUUGUUUGGCUUUGCGGAUGCAAGUUCAAUUCUCACUAACAAAUUGCUGAAAUUUUCCCUCGCAGACUGCAGCCAUGCUAUUUGUGUAUCCCAUACCAGUAAAGAAAAUACAGUGCUGAGGGCUUAUAUCAAGCCAGAUCUGGUUUCUGUUAUACCAAAUGCUGUUGAUGCAAGUAUGUUUGUACCAGAUCCAUCCAAAAGACAACAAGAUAAAAUAACCAUAGUGAUUGUAAGCCGUCUUGUAUACAGGAAGGGCAUGGAUCUGCUGGCAGGUAUUCUACCAGUGAUCUGUAAUAAACAUCCAGAUGUUAACUUUAUUAUAGGUGGUGAUGGACCAAAAAGAACUCUUCUAGAAGAGAUAAGGGAGAAUAAUCAGUUACAAGACAGAGUUACCUUUCUUGGACCAUUAAAACAUAGUGAAGUUAGAAAUGUAUUGGUACAGGGUCAUAUUUUGAUAAACACAUCUCUUACAGAGGCUUUUUGUAUAGCUAUAGUAGAGGCUGCUUGUUGUGGGUUACAGGUUGUUAGUACAAGAGUGGGUGGGGUACCGGAAGUUCUACCUCCAGAGAUGAUAAAACUGGCAGAACCUAGUGUCAAAGCACUUGUAUCAGCAUUAGAGGAUGCUAUCUCAGAUCAGAGAAAUGGUAAAGUAAUAGACCCAUACGAGGCUCAUGAGCGUAUAAAGAACAUGUAUACAUGGCCUAAUGUUGCACGUAGAACGGAAGUUGUUUAUGACAUGGUUCAUAACUUACCUGACCCAGAUAUGAGUACAAGAAUUAAAAGAUAUUAUCAAUGUGGUCCACUAGCAGGGAAGUUGUUUGUUAUAGCAAUGGUUCUAGAUUUAUUCUUUCUCUUCAUUCUCAAGAUAUUUCAACCAGAAAAUGUAAGUUGUUUAGUGUUCCUUUCUUAUAAUGAUAAUACGUAUUUUCCUGUAACGAUUGAAGCUUGUCCAGAUUUUUCAGCAGCUUUUAGAAAACCAACAGUUAUACGUCCAAAUAGCCCUAGAAAAUCUCAACCUGAAAAUAAAAGGCAUAGAGGGAAAUUAAAAUCAACUUAG